GGAGCGGCGGCAGCUCCGCCCCCGCCCGCCGCCAUGUUGGCGGGGCCGCUGCGCCGGGCCCGCAGGUUUGUAACGGGCAGCGUGCGCGUGGCCAUGGCGGGGAGAAGCAGCCCCCCCGGCACCCCGCGGCACACCAACCGCCUGGGCAGCCAGAGGUCCCCUUAUCUCCUGCAGCACGCACACAACCCUGUGGACUGGUACCCUUGGGGUCAGGAAGCCUUUGAUAAAGCAAAGAAAGAAAACAAGCCGAUAUUCCUGUCAGUUGGUUACUCCACCUGCCACUGGUGCCACGUGAUGGAGGAGGAGUCCUUCAAGAACAAGGAGAUUGGAGAGAUUCUGAACCAGAACUUUGUGAGCAUCAAAGUGGAUCGUGAGGAGCGGCCGGACGUGGACAAGGUGUACAUGGCCUUUGUGCAGGCAACCAGUGGUGGAGGGGGCUGGCCAAUGAGUGUCUGGCUGACUCCAGACCUCAAGCCCUUUGUAGGGGGCACCUACUUCCCUCCUGAGGAUGGAGUUCAUCGCGUUGGCUUUCGGACUGUGCUGCUCCGAAUCGCAGAGCAGUGGAAGGAGAACAAAGAUGCCCUGUUGGAGAACAGCCAGAAGAUCCUGGAGGCAUUGCUACGCAGGUCUGAGAUCCGUGUGCGUGGCCAGGAGUCACCCCCCUCACCCCAAGCCGUGCUGGCCACCUGCUUCCAGCAGCUCUCCAGCUCCUAUGACGAGGAGUACGGUGGCUUUUCCAAAUCCCCCAAGUUCCCCACCCCAGUGAAUUUGAAUUUCCUGUUCACAUACUGGGCCCUGCACCGAACAACCCCCGAGGGUGCCCAAGCACUGCAGAUGGCUCUGCGUACCCUCAAGAUGAUGGCCCAUGGGGGCAUCCAUGACCACAUUGGUCAGGGGUUCCACCGCUACUCCACUGACCAGCACUGGCAUGUACCUCACUUUGAGAAGAUGCUGUAUGACCAGGGGCAGCUGGCAGCCACCUACAGCAGAGCAUUCCAGAUCUCUGGUGAUGAGUUCUUUGCUGAUAUUGCCCGAGACAUUCUGCUUUACGUCUCGAGGGAUCUGAGUGACCAGGCUGGAGGUUUCUACAGUGCAGAAGAUGCAGAUUCCUACCCCACCACCACAUCCACAGAGAAGCGAGAAGGAGCUUUCUGUGUGUGGGCAGCUGAGGAAAUCCGGGCUCUGCUUCCUGACCCUGUCGAGGGGGCCACAGAGGGGACGACGCUGGCAGAUGUCUUCAUGCAGCACUAUGGAGUGAAGGAGACGGGUAACGUCAGCCCCAUGCAGGACCCCCAUGAGGAGCUGAAGGGCAAGAACGUCCUCACCGUGCGUUGCUCCCCGGAGCUGACGGCGCAGCGGUUGGGGCUGGAGCCGGGGCGGGUGCGGGAGCUGCUGCGGGACGGCGGCCACAGGCUGGGCACAGCCCGGGCACAGCGGCCACGGCCACAGCAGGACACCAAGGUGCUGACGGCAUGGAAUGGGCUGAUGAUCUCGGGCUUUGCCCAGGCUGGGGCAGCCCUGGCCAGGCAGGAGUACGUCAGCAGGGCCGUGCAGGCGGCUGCCUUCCUGCACACGCACCUUUUCCAGCCCAGCAGCGGGAGGCUGCUGCGGAGCUGCUAUGGGGGACGGGACAGCACGGUGGAGCAGAGCGCUGUGCCCAUCCAGGGCUUCCUGGAGGAUUAUGUCUUCGUCAUCCAGGCUCUCUUUGACCUGUACGAAGCCUCACUGGAGCAGGGCUGGCUGGAGUGGGCCCUGCAGCUCCAGCACAUGCAAGACAAGCUCUUCUGGGACCCUGAGGGCUUUGCAUAUUUCUCCAGUGAGGCUGGUGAUCCCUCUUUGCUCCUGCGCCUGAAGGACGACCAGGAUGGUGCAGAGCCCGCUGCCAACUCUAUUGCUGUCACAAACCUGCUGCGAGCAGCUUCUUACUCCGGUCGGACAGAGUGGGUGGAAAAAGCUGGGCAGAUCUUGGCUGCAUUCUCUGAGAGGCUGCAGAAGAUCCCUAUAACCCUGCCAGAGAUGGCUCGGGCCAAUGCUCUCUUCCAUCACACCCUCAAACAGGUCAUUAUCUGUGGAGACCCCCAAGGAGAAGACACAAAGGAAAUGCUGCGUUGUGUCCACUCUGUCUUCAGCCCAAACAAGGUGCUGGUGCUGGCAGAUGGGAACAGCUCAGGGUUCCUGUAUCACCACUGGCCUUUCCUCGCUGGCCUGGAGAGGAAGGACGGCAAAGCCACCGCCUAUGUCUGCAGCAACUUCUCCUGCUCCCUGCCCAUCACCUCCCCCCAGGAGCUGCGUGGGAUGCUGUGCCUGUGAGCCCCAGGGCCUGCAGAAAGGCAAGGGCCAGUCCCUGGGAACGUGAGAGAAACUGUAAUAAAGCCCCUCUGGCACCCAGGAUGGUUCCUGGCAGCGUGGGGGGAUGCUGUGCCCCUCUGCCUGCAGCAGGUCAGGCUCUGCCCAUGCCGCUGCUUUGGCAGCAUCUCAGCAGAAGCA